AUGCGAGCGUGGUAUCCCAGUCCAUUGACGACGGCGUUUAUUCCAUCCUGUUUCACCCGUACUGGUUUGGUAGAGCGCUGCAUUAUCGAUCGCUUCCAAGUGCCUAUGAAUCUCUUGGGACAUUCCUUCAACCUCUUUACACAACGCUCCAUAGACAAAAACUACGAUCCCGCAUGUGUGGAAGCCGCACGGAGUGGUCUCAGCCAGCUCCUGCGCACACGAGUAAUACUUUCAGACCCCAAUUGGGGCGAGAUUUACGGCGUAUUGCAGAGGGCAAAACCGUCUUUUGCCGAUAUUGACCUCGGUCGCACCGCGCUAGAGCGAUUCGCAGAGCUUCGCGAUCGACUGCAGGCGCUUCCAGAAAUGCACGAGCCGGCCAUAAGACAGCAGCUCGAAAAUAGGUUAGGUGGCUCGGACCUCCAAAUCCGGAUCCGAGUAUUGGAACAAGAUUUGUCAGAAUUCGAGCCUGUCACGACUGAGCCUGGUAUCAUGUUUAUCCAGUUCACUCCAAACGGAUUCUGCAAUGGAGAUCGGUAUCUUGGGGUGAAUCUACUGGAACAUUUGACUGGAGUCAUCGUUUCAUUGUGGUUAUCCUAA